AUGAAAAAUUGUAACAGGGAAAUCAAGUUAAUUUACAGAACACUGAGCGAUAAGUUCUUUGUCAUCAACAAACCUGUAAAUUGGACGCUAACUAGAAAAAAAAACAAACAAAAGGAAGAGGAGGGAAAAAAUGUCAAGUGCUCAUCUGUGCUAAGUGUAAAUAAUGAGAUAAAACCACCGGAUGGACAAAUGAAUUGGGAAUGUGCUAAAGAAAAAAGUAACAUCCAUGAGAAAAAAAAAUUUCUUCUCACAUUAAAGAACCUAAGUGUCGCUGAAAAAAAUGCCUUUCUCUUUACCAAUUCUCCCUUAUAUCUUUACAACGACUUUAAAUUUAACAUUGGUGGAACCGCCUCUGAUCAGAAUGACGAGAAAAAUAAAUUCAUAGAAAAAUAUUACGUAGAAUCUGUGCUGAAAUGUGAAACAAAUGAGGAUAUAUAUUAUCCGUACAAGUUGCCUAUAUACAUGAGUGGGUUGGUUAUAUGUUGUCGAGAUUUGUUUAUUUAUAAUAAAUUUUUAAAAAUGAUUAAAGAAAAUAAGUUAAUACGAAAAUACAGAUGCUUAAUAAAUGACCCAUUCGUGUUUGUUGAAAAUAAUAAAGUGACCGUCUUUCGAGAAAAUGGGUAUAACUAUGGGGAUCAUAUGAACAGUUUUUUCGUGAGUGAAAAAAACGUCACAGAUUCUAGCACACAUUUAUUAAUGAAUAAUAAAAAAAAUGAAAUUGGAAAUAAAAAAUUUAUACUAUUUUUAAAGUCCUUACAAGCACAAAAGGAAGCAACUGAUAUGUUCCCAUUUCAUAAUUUUUUUUCAGAUAAUACAUAUUCUACCACUUAUUGUCGCCAUUUGGUACAUUUAGGAAUCGAUAAAUGGAAAGCAAAGAUAAACAACCAUCUGGAGUCUGAAAAAAACAAUCGCAGGAAUGAUAAAUCUAGAAGGGUAUUCUACCAAAAAGGUCGAAAUAUGACCCGUGGAAUACCCCCUGUCGAUUGUGACUAUUUCAUUUCUGCACCUUUAAAAAGAAAUCCACCCAUAAAAAGCUUGAACCAUUUUUUAUCCAAUUUUCUUCAUAACAAUGAUAUUGUGACAAAUGCAAAUGGAGAAUAUGAAGUUUGUUUGGACACCACAGUUGAAGAGUGUGAUGAUAUGGAAUCAGAAUUGAAUCAUGUUGCUAGUGGCACAGAGGAAGAGGGGGAACAUAUUGAAAAUGAUCGACGUGUGAACAAAAAAAAAAAUGAUAGGAAGAGUUCUUCUUCACAAAAGGAAGAAUCAAAAAAUGGAAAUAAUAUUUAUAACAUCCAUUGGGAAAAUGCACACAUGUCAAAAAAUGGAAAGGUAAAAUUCCCCGCAUCUCUUUUUUUUAACGAAGGGAAUUUCUACACGAUUGACAAAGAAAUUACAAAAAAUUCUGUAUCUAUAUCCAUGAUUUACAAAGUUGAAAAUUAUGGAGAGUACGUAAAAAAACAUAAAAAUACAUUAUUUAAAAGAGAACAAAAUAUAAAUUCUUAUGUUAACAAUUUUUAUAACAUUUAUAUAAUAGAAUUUGUCCUUUUGGAUAAUCCCAAACCUGAUUUGAUCAGGUUUUUUUUUAGCGAAUUAAACACUCCUAUAAUUAAUGACAAUUUAUUUGAUAAAAAAUCUUUUAAAAAAGACAUAAUUAAUGAAACAAUUUUACAAAUGAUAGAAAAGGAACAAACAUAUUCUUCACCAUCUACAUUUUACUCACAAUUUGAUAUUACUAGGCAUUCUUAUGAUAAAAAGUGUCAAGUAAAUGUGAAUAAUUUACAACCAAACACAUAUGGAACACAAGAAGCUGAUAAGAAAUAUAAGGAAUAUUUACGUAAAUCUCAUGAUCCACAAGUUAAUGCCUUUACCAUACCCAGUGAUUAUGCUUCAUCACGAGGCUUGGCACAUAAGGAAGAAAAGAUAAAAUUAAAUAAUUAUUUUAUACAUCAGACAUGCACAAGUAGUAUGCACAGUGAAAUGGGGAAUUACUAUGAACAGAACACUAGGGAAAAAAUAAAAUCUAAAAAUGAGAAUAUGAAUCUUUGCCUCGAGUUAUUUCAGUUGCAAUUUUUGGACCCACUCAAUGGGGAUUACGUAAACAUAGAAAAUUCCCUGCCUACUACUUGGAUUUAA